AUGCCAUCCCUCUUGAAAACCCUCCCCCUCCUCCUCCUAAACCUCUCCCUCCUCUCCCUCACCGCCGCAGCCGCAGCCUCGGAUACCCUGACCGCAGCAGGCCAUGGCAAUUCCUGGAAAUUCGGCACUGGGGGUGGGGUGCUGGGAUUCGUGGUGUUGAUUUUAGAUAUCUUGGUUUGGAUGGAAGUCCUGAAAUCCAACCGUCCACCAUCCCACAAACUGCUCUGGUGCGUCGUCGUGUUCAUCUUCCCGAUCGUCGGGCUGGUCGUCUAUUGGUUGUUUUCGAAUCGCGCGGCGCAUACUGGGAGUGGAGAUUAUGAGGUGUUGCCGUGA